ACUAUUUUACACCAGCAGUUGACUCGUUCAACAUGAACAGUUGAGCGGCUGGACCUCAACAAAAGGGUACGGGGUUUUAGAAUUCCAACAAACGUUUUCCAUUUUCACUUCCCGCUGUUUGGAGUUCCCCCGUCACACCUUCGCUCUCUUUCUCUCCCAAGGCUGAUAUUGAGAAAUGGACGGGGAGGAGUUAACGGAGCAAGAAACUGCGCUGUAUGAUCGUCAAAUUAGGGUUUGGGGUGCUGAUGCUCAACGACGACUGAGCAAAGCCCAUGUGCUGAUUGGUGGGAUGAAAGGAACAAUUGCUGAGGUCUGCAAGAAUAUAGUUUUGGCUGGUGUUGGAAGUGUUACAUUGGUGGAUGAUAGUCCAGUAACGGAAGAAUCACUAAAUGCUAACUUCUUAAUUCCCUCAGAUGAGACUCUGUAUGAAGGUCGUUCUAUAGCAGAGGUUUGUUGCGACUCCUUGAAGGAUUUCAACCCAAUGGUUCACGUCUCUGCGGAAAAAGGUGAUUUAUCAAGUCUCAGUACAGAAAUUUUGGAGAAGUUUGAUGUUGUAAUAGUCAGUGGUUGCUCUCUAAGCACAAAGAAAGCAAUCAAUGGUAAAUGUCGGAAGUUGUCGAAGCGCAUUGCAUUUUAUUCAGUUGAUUGCCGCGAUUCUUGUGGUGAAAUAUUUGUUGAUUUGCAGGACCAUUCUUGUACAAAGAAACAGGUCAAUGAGACUGUUGAAUGCCGCCUGCAGUAUCCGAGUUUUGAGGAAGCUAUUGCAGUACCCUGGAAAAUACUUCCUAAGCGUAUCUCCAAACUUUACUUCGCCACGAGGGUUAUAGAAAGGUUCGAGGAGACAGAGACGCGUACUUCUGGUGAAACCUCACUUGCUGAUCUUCCUAAUGUUCUGAAGUUGAGGAAGGAACUCUGUGAAGCACAGUGUAUCAGUGAAUCUCAAAUUCCUGAUUCCCUCCUUGAGAGAUUGCUAUUGGGUAAACUGGAGUUCCCUCCGGUUUGUGCCAUAAUUGGUGGUAUUCUUGGACAGGAAGUCAUUAAAGCUAUAUCAUGCAAAGGAGAGCCAAUCAAGAAUUUCUUCUACUUCGAUGCUGCAGAUGGAAAAGGCCUAAUUGAGGACAUAUCAAAUCCCAAUUCUGCUAGUUGAACAUUCGACGACAGGUUUCACCAUAACUUAACCCAAUGCAUGUAGUAACUCGUAAGAUUCCAGGGUGUUUUUUGUUCAUGAUUUUAGUAUAGUUAUCCGGUGAUGCUUUAGGGAAAUAGCAUAACAUAUUGGAGAAAAUUUGGCUUCAUCUUUUACUCUAAUUUUUGUCGGAAAGUUUUCCACAUCUUGACAAAUUGGGGUUUGAAUGAGCCUCGUAUUUUCCUUGUAUGAUCUGAUCAUCGUCUAUGGUUUUGAAUGAGGUUGAGGAUGAAGAGGUGUAACAGAGCUUUUUGCGCAAAUGUUCAUACAUCCAUCCAUCUUUAUUGUAGGUCGGAAAAUGAUUUUUUUUUUAUUAAGACUUUGACUUGUAGAUUUGCUAAUACAAAUUGAAAGCAAGGAAAUUAAGUUUCUUGAAAUGUUGAGCACUCCAUUGUUGCUUGC